UGGAAACAGGAGGGGCUCCGGCAAACCGGGUCAGAUGACGUCACCGUGGUGUCCGCUGUCUUUGCGCGAUGCGGAAGCGCUCGCCAGUCAGUGCCUUGAGGAUCUCUCACGGGAAGACACGAUUUGUUGGGAGAGACAAAAAUGUGGCCCAAUCAAGGACCUCCGCCUAAUCCCAACUGUCCUCCGUAUGCAAACCCUGCCUAUCCAGCCAUGCCCAACCCUGCCUAUCCAGCCAUGCCCAUCCCACAGUGCCCACCUGGUCAAAACCCUGUCUAUCCACCUGGCAUGGAUCAUCCCACAACCAUCCCAUACAUGACACCAAAUCAACAUCCUUUUCCUCCGGUUGCGCCUGGCCCAUGUGCACCCUUCCCUGGAGCAGGGCAUCCAUGCCCCGUCCCGCAGCAUGGAUGCCACCAGCCGGGAAUGGACCCGGUAACUGGUCAUAAGAAGCACAAGAAGAUGAAAAAGAUGAAGAAGGGAAAGAAAGCUCAUAAAGUUUCCAAGGAACAUAAGCAUAUGAAACAUGGCAAGCAUUCGUCCUCCUCCAGCAGCAGCAGCAGUGAUUCUGACUGACCAUCACAUGAUCUGCCCUACAUAACUCAGCAGCUCCUGCUUUCCUGCAAUUAUACAUUUUCCUAAUUUCUACAUGUCAGGGCAAAUAACAGCAAUAAAACUAAGAAUCAAAUCCAGAGGAUUAUUUGUGCUUUUUACUGUCAUGUAAGCAUUGACUACUGUACUGUUGAAAUCACUCAUAGUCACUAGCACAAUGCAUUACCAGCUACAGCAAUGUGAAACUAAUAAACUGCAGUAUGAUCUGAAGCAGUGUGUUUAAUAAUAGCCAUUACUGAAAAUAUUUAUGAGGAACAAUCCUAAGCAUUUGCUUUUUUUUGGAAAAUUGUGUUUUAUUUUCUAAAGUGUGUUUUUUUUUGGUAAUACUUUAGCCAAAAGUAUAUUUUGCCGGAAUGUGUUUGAAUUUAAACUCCCUUUUGUUGAUUGUGGGUAUGAAAUAUACUAAGAAAUGACACUAAUGUUAAAAACUGCUGAUCAAAUGUUCUCGAAUUUAUGGAGAAGCUCUUUUUUUUGUUUCUUUUUGAAGGUAAAAUGUAUCAUUAUGAAUUAGUUGAGACUGUAGUUAUUUGAAAGAUCUGUUAGGCCUAAAACAUUUCAGCUUAAGUUAAAUGUGCUACAGUAUCUACAGUCAUGGACAAAAUAUUGGCACCCUUGGUAAAUAUAAGCAAAGAAAGCUGUGAAAAUAAAUCUGCAUUGUUUGUCCUUCAUAUCUUUUAUUUUAAAAAUGAAAAAAAAAUCAGAUUUUUCAUUGAUGAAAAAUAUUGGAAAAUUGGGGGGAGAUCACAUAAUUUUUUUCUCAAAUAAACGUUGAACACAA